AUGUCUACCACACUCGUUACCAGUCGAACACGACAAUCGACUACUACGCCCACUUCAACGCGAAGAAGUAUUGCUACAUCUAGCACCAGCUCAACACCAAGACCAGGACCAUCCACAUCGACCACAACCACCACACCCACAACAUCUUCAUCGCCAACAAGCACAUCACAAAGCAACCUGGCAUCCGAAUUCGCCACCAGUCAACUUGAAACGGAUGACCGAAGUCCCAGCCCUACAGAAGCUUCACUUCAAUCUAGUUCUCCCUACACCAACACCCCAGUCAUCGCAACAUGUUCUACGAACAGUGAUUGUGCAUACAACAAGAUAUGCUCCAAUGAGAGAUGUGUCACCAUGGACAGUGCGGCUCCAUUUGGAGGAGCCGAUUCCAGCUCACGGCUAACCACUGGAUCCGCUAUUGGAAUGGGAACAGGACUUGUUGCCCUUUUGAUGCUGUUAACAGGAAUCGCGGUCUGGAUAUUGAAACGUCGGGCACGGAGGCCUCGCAACCAGUCAAUUGAAGCGCCCAUACAAUCUCGUAGCAGAACCACUUCCGAUGCGACAGAUCAAAAAACCCUGGUGGCGUCAAUGCCGAAUAGUCCCCAAUACCCGCCCUUCAACUCUCAGAGUGCUAUGAAUCCGGGACUUUUCGCUAGGGUUGUAGUGCCUCAGGAAAUCAAGGAGGUUGCAAGCAGCAGACAUGGGUCAAUGGACAGAAAGGCACUACCGCUCCUUCCCCUUCCACAACUUCCCCUUCCGCCGGUACCAAAGGAGACCAAGAUCUACGCACUCAACGUCAGUAUCAACAAGAGCAUGAUCAUGGACGAAGACAUGAUGCAAGCCGUGAGCCCCAUGCGGGGCAACGAUACUCCACGCGGUUGUGCAACGCCGCGUGAUCGCGCACCACGGUACAAGUUCGAAGAAUAUGUUCCACCUGCUGCCAAUGCUCCUCCACCCAUUGCAAUUUCAAGAACACCUGCUUCUGAAUCCCAAAGUUCAGAGUACGAACUCGCGCAGUAUCCGAAGAAGGAACAGCAGAGUGAGGCUGUCCCAUUACCAGAUGGGGGUCCAAACGGCGGACUAGAGCCGUUAAGUCCUGUCGUCGAGACGUUUACGAGCUCGGACAGCAAGGCGCGCCAACUCUCCUUGCCGGACCUUCCACCCCCUAGUCCAAGCUUCAGCUUCCGUUCAUACGACUGGUACCAGGAUAUCAUAGAAGAACCGUCAAAUGGAAAUGGUGCACGAACACCCACACAGGCCAAGUUUCCUCAGACGCUUUCACUUUUCCCUCAGAGUACGCCCAGAAACAUGGACCUGGGCGUAUUACCAGAGCCUUCUUCGCCCGGUGCAUCUUCUAUUGCAUCAGGCACGCAUUUACAUCCAAGCUCGGCGGCCAUGUUGAGCCCCACGAGCCCCAACUUUCGCUUAUCACCAACUGUUUAUACCCCGCCACCCCGGCAAUCAUCGCAACCACAACCACCACCACAACCGCAACAACAUGUACAAAAACAAAAGACGCAAACAAAGAGCUCAUUACGAACAUCGGCAGUCAGUGCUGUGAGUCACAAGACACGUGAAUCCAGAAGCUGGCUCCCUGCUGAGGGACUUUACCUUGCCGACGAGGGCGGCCUUACUCGAUAUUUGACUUUCCGCAGAGGGAACGAAGACAGCAGACCAACAAGUUAUUCACCUUUAGCGUGA